UUUUAUUCAUUCACCAUGAACGUUGCGAGGGAGUUUGGGGUUUUCGGAGUUUUAUGGGUGUUUUUGUGGUCGUCGGAGAUUGAUUUUGUGAGUGGGGUGUCGUGGAAACCACGGGAAGACAAGACCAAGUGCCCAAAAGUUAAAGGAUUAUCCCAUUUCGAUAUUUCAGAAUUUGUGGGCUCGUGGAAGGUCAUUCAAUAUUACGCCAGCUCGGAGGAAGCCCUGGCAUACAAAUGCAUGAGAGCAGAAUUAUUUCUCUCCGAAGACAACGCGGAGAUAACAAUGAACUUCACGUACAGCUUCGUGGACGAUCCCAUUAAUGAAAAAGUUUUUGGGAAUAUAACGUGGAAAAUUCCUCAGUAUCACGAGUCACCGGCCCACUGGGUUCACGCGGAAUUUCCCUACGAAGGGGUCUAUAACACGUAUGUUUUGGCAACGGAUUAUAAUUCUUGGGCAUUACUAAUGCAUUGUGCGGAGAAGAACAAGAGCCCGAGGUAUCUCUCGAGCUUCAUUAUGAGCCGCAAGAGACGUCUUGGGCAAAAUGUUAUUUCUUAUCUGCGAGAGAAGCUCCCAAGAUACGAUAUAGACCUCGAGUACAUGUUCCCAAUGGAACAGAAGGACUGCAAUCACACAUCAGAGCGGGCGCACACAUUUGGAGCCCUUCCAAUGGUGGAAGCAGCCAGAAAUCGAUACGAGGCCAACGAAAAUGCAAAUUAAAUGAUGAAAGUGAUAUCAAGUAUUCUACUAAUUAAUAAAAUCAUCAGUGCCAGAUGGUUAA